AUGUCCCACCCUCCGCGGGCUCUACGUGUCCCAAACCUCCCUGGACUCUACCAUGUCCCACCCUCCGCGGGCUCUACAAUGUCCCACCCUCCGUGGGCUCUACAAUGUCCCACCCUCCGCGGGCUCUACGUGUCCCACCCUCCGCGGGCUCUACAAUGUCCCACCCUCCGUGGGCUCUACAAUGUCCCACCCUCCGCGGGCUCUACGUGUCCCACCCUCCGCGGGCUCUACCAUGUCCCACCUUCCGCGGGCUCUACGUGUCCCACCCUCCGCGGGCUCUACGUGUCCCACCCUCCGCGGGCUCUACCAUGUCCCACCUUCCGCGGGCUCUACAAUGUCCCACCCUCCGCGGGCUCUACGUGUCCCACCCUCCGCGGGCUCUACCAUGUCCCACCUUCCGCGGGCUCUACAAUGUCCCACCCUCCGCGGGCUCUACGUGUCCCACCCUCCGCGGGCUCUACCAUGUCCCACCUUCCGCGGGCUCUACAAUGUCCCACCCUCCGCGGGCUCUACAAUGUCCCACCUUCCGCGGGCUCUACAAUGUCCCACCCUCCGCGGGCUCUACAAUGUCCCACCUUCCGCGGGCUCUACGUGUCCCACCCUCCGCGGGCUCUACAAUGUCCCACCCUCCGCGGGCUCUACCAUGUCCCACCCUCCGCGGGCUCUACAAUGUCCCACCCUCCGCGGGCUCUACCAUGUCCCACAAUCCGCGGGCUCUACCAUGUCCCACCCUCCGCGGGCUCUACAAUGUCCCACCCUCCGCGGGCUCUACAAUGUCCCACAAUCCGCGGGCUCUACCAUGUCCCACCCUCCGCGGGCUCUACCAUGUCCCACCCGCCGCGGGCUCUACCAUGUCCCACCCUCCGCGGGCUCUACAAUGUCCCACCCUCCGCGGGCUCUACCAUGUCCCACCCUCCGCGGGCUCUACCAUGUCCCACCCUCCGCGGUCUCUACCAUGUCCCACCCUCCGCGGGCUCUACAAUGUCCCACCCUCCGCGGGCUCUACCAUGUCCCACAAUCCGCGGGCUCUACCAUGUCCCACCCUCCGCGGGCUCUACAAUGUCCCACCCUCCGCGGGCUCUACAAUGUCCCACAAUCCGCGGGCUCUACCAUGUCCCACCCUCCGCGGGCUCUACAAUGUCCCACCCUCCGCGGGCUCUACAAUGUCCCACAAUCCGCGGGCUCUACCAUGUCCCACCCUCCGCGGGCUCUACAAUGUCCCACCCUCCGCGGGCUCUACAAUGUCCCACCCUCCGCGGGCUCUACAAUGUCCCACCCUCCGCGGGCUCUACCAUGUCCCACCCUCCGCGGGCUCUACCAUGUCCCACCCUCCGCGGGCUCUACCAUGUCCCACCCUCCGCGGGCUCUACCAUGUCCCACCCUCCGCGGGCUCUACAAUGUCCCACCCUCCGCGGGCUCUACCAUGUUCCACCCUCCGCGGGCUCUACCAUGUCCCACCCUCCGCGGUCUCUACCAUGUCCCACCCUCCGCGGACUCUACAAUGUCCCACAAUCUGCGGGCUCUACCAUGUCCCACCUUCCGCGGGCUCUACCAUGUCCCACCCUCCGCGGGCUCUACCAUGUCCCACCCUCCGCGGGCUCUACCAUGUCCCACCCUCUGUGGGCCCUGCUUGUCAAGCAGAAGGACGCAUAA